AAUUUCCAACAGCUGAGGAGGCGUAGCUAGUAGUCACAGCUAGCAUUAGUAAAAGGUAAGACAACAGAAGUAUUUCACCAUUGAAAUAGGGUUCUUCAAGAUGAGUGACCUUGAACUCUGCACAAGCUGAACCCAGUGAAUGGAAUAAACUCAACUCUGCACCUCUGCAACUCUUAACAGGGUGUGAAGAAGAAGCUCCUCCUGACCUCAUCUUGCAUGACAUAGGCCUGUUUGUCUGGAAACAAGUAAGGCUUUGAGUCGACACCAGAGAUGCCUGUUAGAAGGCAUCCCUACAGGCUGCAGCCUAGCUACGCUAACUGAAUUGUCAGCAUCUCUUUCUCAGUUCUCAUUCACCUGUCCAAAACCUUAUUAAUGUUGAGUGUGUGCCAGCGUGUACAGUGAUGGUGAUAAUGGUGACCAAAAAUGAUGCUUGAAUGUGGCACCAAGGAGCAGGGUAUGCGAAAAGGGGUGCGGCUCUCUCAGAAAAGUAUAACAGCUGACUGAUAGUCUGCUGUUGAUAAUGGAUGCCAAAUUAAAAGAGGACCUGUUUCGGAGGUAUGUGACUGCACUGGAGAGGCGUCUGGAGGGUGGAGGGGAAUACACAAGGAAAGGAAAUGCACCAGAAGGGGACAGAGGGCAAUACAAGGACAGUGAGGCCCUACUCUCCACGGCCACUGCCCUGCUAGGGGCCUACCAGCCUGAUCCAGGACAACGAUUUCGAAUGGUGCGUUUCUAUGAAGUAGUUGAGAGUUCUCUCCGUUACCAGAGAGGAGGAAACUUAAGGGGUCUGGAAAGAGCUUUUCGCACGUUGGAAACUAUCUGCACCAAUCUCUUGCUGUUCCCCUGGAAGAAGGAGUUCAGGUGUAUAAAGACCUUCACUGGCCCAUACGUGUAUCAUCUGCAGUCUGCCAUUACUGAUGCUGAACUCCGAGCUCUAAUGCGUACUAUUGGCUACGCCUGUGACUACGAUUCACAGUUUCAUUUGCAGGAGCACCCAGGUGGCACAAAUCAUCUCCGUCAGUUGGCGUUUGAGCUUUUCCUGGCCCAAGCAGAGUGUCGUCUCCUGGGAGAGGUAGUGGCUCUGGCCCGAGGUUCGGCCUCAGAGAUGGAAGCGCUGGAACUGCGCAGAGGUUGCAGGGAUGACGCAGCCGGCUGUGCAGAGGCCCUCCGUAGACGCGACAGCCUUGGGGCUGAUAUGGCUCGCCUGUCUGUGCGGCCACUGGAUAUAGAGAGGCCUCAUGCCCACCACCUGAGGCGAGGUAGUCGGCCAUCUAAAUCUGUGGAUGUCACAGAUGGGGCUGGUCACUGGCACCCAGCUGUAAGCAAGCCUGUUUUGAAGGCCUCAUUGAGUCUGAGAAAGGAGCCUCUGUUUGUUGAUGCAGAAGAGGAUAUGAAGGAUGAGAUCAUCAGGCCCUGCACUUCAGCAUCGCUCUUCUCUGUGGCAGCUCCACCUUCCUAUAGCCCUGUUGCGGAUUUCUUUCCUAUUCAGUCCCCUCCUCCGGCUGAUGCUUACACCUCCUACCACCUGUCCUCCUUGGAUGAAAUUGACUUGUACACUGAGAGGGGUGGAACUGGGACAGGAGGAAGACAGAUCCCUUCUCGACCUCCAUCGAGAGAGCCUCGGGAUUCAAGGGAGGCGUGGUUGCUCAAAGCUCAUGGUAGUGUGAAGUGUCAGGGCUGUGGCAUCGGCUGCUCCUCUAUGGCCUCCUGCCAGAGAUGUGACAUGAUCCUCUGUUCUUCCUGUCAUGAUGUGGAUCCCUCCCCUUGCUGCGGCCUACAGGAGUACCACCCAAAAUCCUCACGGCCCCUUGAUGGAUACAUUCCUGUCAAAGAAAAGCUCUCUGUCUACUCCAAUACACACUCCCAUGCCCUUCUCCAUCCACACCCCCUCACACUGACACACUCACACUCUCACCCCCACCCUCACCCCCAGAUGGUGGAGAAACCCCUCAUGUCCACGAAGCUGUUUCCGAGCAAGUCAGUUGCCUUGACAACGCCAAAGGGAGGCAGCAGUGAGCGAAUAAGCUUGGGGGGAUCGCGAUGCGGGUUCUGCAACAAGCCAAGUGCAUCACACACAUGUGUGAAUUGCUCUAAGGUGUCAUGUGACUCAUGCAUGGGUUUGUACGCAAAGGAUAUGUGCACACGAAAGAAUCCCCAGCACAGCUUUGUUCCCAACCAUCAGCUCAACUUUAAAUCUGGCACCAUAUCUCACCUGGUGUACCGAUAAAUUUGGAAGAUGGAAUAUUUGUUUCUCCCUUGUAGUCCCCUUUCUCAACCCUGCUGCAUAGUCUUGCACAAUUGCUUUAGCUCCGUUCCUGUUUAACAGCUUAUUCACUACCUUUCCCUGUUAUCUGAUGGUCUUUUGCUCUCUAAAUCUCUCUUGAACUUUGUACAUUUUUCUCCGGCUGUCAGAAUGGCCUUGGAAUGCACAUGCCACAGAGAGCCAUAUCGUCCGCCCAUCUCUUUACCUUGUACAAGUUCAGGCCUUUUAUCAAUUUCUUCUUCCUUUUUUCUUGCUACCUGCUCUUGAGUAGUCAUGUGAUGUUCUAGCGCUUCCCAAAUUCCUAAAAUUUUGUCCUCAAAAGGGAAACUGGAGAAAAUAGUUUAAAUCCUUCUAAUUUUUAAUGAAUUCCGUCCAAUUGACAUAUACUUUGCCUCCUCAGCUAACAACUCUUCUAGUAUAUAAAUAUAAAUAGAUAUAUAUAGAUAUAUACAGUAUAUGUGUGAGUGUGUGAGAGAAUGAUAGUGUGGAUUUGAGUGUGUGUAGAAAAGAGCUCUACGCUUGCAUUGUGAAAAAGGAGAUCUUUUUAAACUUGAAGAAUAGUAGGGAAAAAAGAAAAAAUACACUGGAAGUCAAUAAGUCAAUAGUAUAUAUUUUUGAUCUCUAUUCUCUAGAACAAUGUGAGACUGUUAUCUCGGCAUGAGGUCUGUCAUUGGGAUGUAUGACUUAUAGCCUUGUGUCAGUGGGCUUGGGGUGGGAGAUAUCUUUAAGGGACAUACUGAGACUAUGGUCAUUUGCCAUAUAUUCUAUUUUAAAGAUUAUGCCUUGUAAAUUAACCCUAAAUUGUUACUGGUUUUUCUGGUUGAGAUUGAAAUCCUGCUGUUGGCUAGAGACAGUGAAGAUUUUUGGGUUUGACUUCUUUCUGAUCAAAAGCCUGUUGCAUUGUGUCAGUUUGAAGCCCCCCCCACUCUUUCCCCUUUCAUUACCCUCCUUCAGCUACCAUCUUUCAUGAUGUAAUAGUGCACCUUUCCCAGAUCAUGCGGUUCCAUGUCAGUCUCAGGUGGAGUUUUUGGAAGUCUCAUGCUGAUAACUCAAAAAUGGAAGAUUACUGCUCUUUGACCUAUGAGCCUAUUGGUUGGGUUUUAGACAGUGUGAAAGUGUAAACUCUGACAUGAUUUCUGUCUACCUCAAAUGGCUUAAGCUUAAACAUCCAGUUCGAUAUUGUGGGUUCAAAGAAGCUCUGAAAACACUUUGAAAAAAAAAACACACUCCUUUUCUUUCAUCUCCAACAAAAAAAUUGCAUUAUUGUCAGAUAAAUGACUCACAUUUAAAGGUUAGCAGAGUUUAUUUAUUCCUCAACAAAAUCCUGGCUUUGUUAUCUGAAAAAAUAGCAAAAGGUUUUCUAUGUUUGGGCAUUUGCAGUUUCUGUAAAUGUUGGUGCUGGACUUAAAAAAAAAAAAAAAACAGGAACUACUGUGAACGUAAUGUAAUUCAUCCAAUAGCCUCACAACAAUCUUUGUUGAGCUUAAACUUUAAAACUUUUGAUGAAACUGUCAAGAAGGUUACUGAUGGUUAUGUACUGAACAUUGUCUCUCAUAGUCCCCAAUGGACAACAUAAAUAAACUUAACUCUAACAUCUUGCAGAUGAUAUAUCACACUCAGUUCAAAAAUGAACAGAGAGUUGAAUUAACGCCUUUUUAUAUAUAUAAAAAAGAAGAUAGCAUUUAAUGUUUUAAAACUUGCUAAAUCUAUCAUCAUCUAUACCCUUUCUAAGGCCCAUGAUUUGGGGUGAUUUGGUGCAUGAUGCUAAUACAAGUCCUGUUACGCAACCUGUUGCCCUUGGCUGUUGAAAUUCCAUUCAACUAAUUCAUUGGUAUCUUUUAAAAACAAAGCCUUCAUAUGUAAAUAUACUCUGCUGCCAUGUAAAAUUAGACAUCAAAUUUAAGGCUACCUUUAGUGAUUAGGCUUUAGUGCUUUAUACAAAGGAUAAUAAAUGAAGUAUAUUGCAGUUGAGAGACACUAAGGGCUAAUUUCAAAUCACAUUUCUUGAAAAAAAAAAAAAAAAACUAAAACUCUGGGUUAUUUUGACAGACCGUUAAGGUUAUUGCUGCCUUCAUGUUCUGCCAGGAAUAACCUCUAAAUGCCUUAAUCUAAUUCAGCUGUCUUAUCAUUGAGUAUUUCAAGAAAGAAGUGAUGCUACUUACAAUGUUCUUAGAUAAACAAGCCUGUGGUUAAACUUAAUAUGGUUUGGCAAGGCUUCAUGGACUUAACACACACAACUCCUUGACAGCUAAGGAAGGCAUUGAGAGCAAUUCAAUAUUUUACUCAAGCAUUGGUUUAACCAACAAACACAACCAUAUCACAACAUGCAUAUUUACAGAAUUAUGCAGCAAGCCACACUCAAUAUACACUAUGUGCUCACAUGUUUGUCAUUACUAUGUUUUUGACAGGAAGUCAAACUGCAAAUUUUGUACUGCUUAAAGUUGAUAUCUAAACACAUGUUUGUUUCCAGGGAGCGAUGUCUGAUCCUACACUUGAGUUCAUUCCCUCCCUCUAAAGCUGAUUUCUGUGCUUUUCUUUUUUUUUUUUAUCAUAUUGAACAACCUUAAGAAGGGAUUUUUUUUUUAUCAUAGGAUGUAGCUUUGAAAGAUUCUCUAUGGUCAACCGUGAAUGACUUGGGUAUCACAAAAGACUUGCGUCUAAGGGGAGAGGUGCAAUUGAUUAUUUUCUUCUAAUGAAGCCUUUUUGAGUUGUUUGAAUAUUUAUCAUUGUUGUAAUUUGGUUACUCCAUUAACUCCAGUAACGUAAAUCAUACCAGCAACAAAGAAGACUUUCAGAAGUAUUGAGCCAUGUUGCAAGAGUGAUCAUAUUUGCCAAAUGAAGAACAAAUAUCUUAUUGGAGUAGAAAACUAAAUCUUGUUGCUUGCCCUGCUGUACAGUUUAUGUAAGAUAAACGGUGGUUUUGCUGAAGUUUAGCCUUGUGUUUGUAGAUGUUGGCCUUUGAACAAGCUCUGAAAGGGAAUAAUCAUAGAUACCUACUCGCACACUAUGGGAUGUGGAUUUGACUCUGAUCGGUAAACUGAUCAUUUGUGUGGGUCACUACAAAGGGCUAAACAGUCUUCAGGGCUGCUACUAAGUUUGUGGACACUGUUUUAAUCGUUUAGUGAACAACUGACUUGUCAUGGCUAAAUAUCUGAUGUUGAGCUUACUUUUCAUUAAUCAGUGUAAAAGUACUGACAUUGGAAAAACAACAGAGCUAUUUUUAUUUUGUGUCAUGGAAUACAUUGAGCCAUUUGAACAUGAUUGGUUUAACCCACAUCAGACACACUCCAGUCAUUGUGGAAGUCAAUACUCCCUUUACCUCUUUGUGUGGUUAUCUUACUGACGUUAAGUGGUUGUGUAGUUAGGCAGCCCCUUUUCCAUUCCCUUUACCCCAGCCCCUUUCUUGGCAUGCUCUGUACAAGGCCCAGUCCUAUACCUUUGUACCCUCAACCACUGUCUCCUUCCCUCCACCCCCCUCUUACCUUGACACUGAGGAUCACUGCACAAUGUCUAUGUGAAGGGGUAUGGACCUUAUGAACAGUAUGUGGGCAUACAUGGGGGUGGAAAGGGAAAAUAGCCAAAAUUGUUAAUCGGUGAAAAAACAACUAUAUAUCUAUAUUGAAACAUAAAUGAGUUUUUAUAAAAUAAUUUAAGGAAUAAAAUUCUGGAAAAAAAAAACCUUUUUUGUCUUGAUAUUUUUGUGUUAUAUCUUUUGGUGAUGCUGUUUUUUUAAACUAGCAAAGCCUUAUAUGUCCACUCUCUGUUAUAUCUUUACUUCCAGCUCACUCAGAAUUCAUAAAUUGGCUUUAUUUUAUGGAACAAGCUUUCCAGUUCUGCAUUGACUGGCGGUAUCCCUUUUGACCACUAGAUGGUGUUGAAUACCAAUAAAUGUAAGUACUAGGGAUUCAUGUCCACUUAACUACUUGCUUUUUAACUCAACAUAUGUUUUACAGCACUUUACUGGAUUUAAUUACUUACCUGGCUAUUAUAUUAGUAUUAAAUCAAUAAUUAUAUGUUUUAUGAGUUGUAAGAGACAGGAUGAAAAUGACUGUUUUUUGCCAACAUUUUCUUCAUCCCUUCAAUGCAUGUCAUACAACUCAUGCCAUUGUCUUGUUGAUGCUGACAGACAAAACUUUGACCUUGGUUUGCGCAACAAGGCAUGAAGAGGCAGAUAAAAAUUCAAAUGCAAUUUCUCUAUAAUAGUAGAGGUCAAGUUCAGAUUAGGCAAGUCAGUCCAUAAGUGGGUAUUGUGUAAUGCAUUAUUGAAAACAUGAACUUGCUGCAAUAAAACAGUGAAAAAUGA